AUGAGAAGGCCUCUGAGAACUAUUCAGGAAGCUGAUGUUAAAGGUUAUGAGACUGUUGAGAAAGUUAAACUCCUGCUCAUAAUCAAUCUUCUAUCUCAUCUGAUUCUGAAGUUGAAAUCAUUUAAAUCAGUUCUUUUGACCAAAACUUACUCAGAACCAACAUCCGUUAUGAAACCUAAACCAAGUAUUGAUGAAGUGUUGUUACAAUUUGAAUCUGAAGUAAACGAUCAUCUACGCACUCUUAUGCAACUUUGCAUAAACUAUGUCAACCCUGUUGAGAGUGAUGCAAUUCGGAUUGACUUUAGAAGAUGGGUUAAUUCUCAUUUCCGGCAGCUAAGGGAAAUUUGUUUUGAAUCUACUUAG